AAUUACAAUGUAGGCUCGUCUUCACUCUUAUUGUCAACGUUGUGAUCGUCUGUGGCGCAUUCCUGUGUGACUUCCCACUGCAUCUGAGGAAUCAGCUUCACUUCAUCUCUGAGAGCCAAAUACCAAAAGCUGAAAAUGGGGAAAAUUAAUGAAUGCCUCAAAAAAACGUUUAUCAUCUUCAACUCAGUGUUUCUGGGGUUUGGAUUUAUGAUGAUCUUUGGAUUAAUCAAGGCCUCUAUCCGCUCUCAUAAGGAGAUAUCGUUAGUUGAGGGCCAAGCACUCAUCUGGUUUGGGGUAUUUACCAUCUGUGUCCUUGCGAUCUCCUGCCUGGGAAUCUACGUCGGCAAAUCUGAGAAUUACCUCCUCCUCAAAGUUUUUACAGGUUUCAUGGUGGUUGGACUGAUCAUCAUGCUGAUCUUUGGCAUCAUUGUCGUUGUCGAGAGAAACAAGGUUAAAAGCAGCUUUACCUCCACCUCUUCUGAAUAUACGAAGCUUUUAAUGGACGACAACGAAUUCAGAUCAGCACUUCAUGAGAUCCAGCGAAGUGUCAAGUGCUGUGGAUUGACAAGCGCUGCAGACUGGGGUGAUGAAAUCCCCCGGUCCUGUGCAUGUGGUUAUUAUGGAUCUGGAUGUACAUCCAGACCUCAAGUAGCGACAGGCCCAGAUGAAAUCUAUGCUCAGACCUGUGGUGUCUUCAUCUUCGAAACGAUGGACUACGAAUUCAAGAUCGCCAUGGGCCUCUUCUUUGGAUUAGCUGUCAUCGCAUUGCUGGGCCUGCUGGUCUCCUUCCUGAUGAUCUAUCAAAUCAAACGUCAUGACAGCUCUGGAUCAGCGUCCAUUUCCAUGAAGGGCUUCUGAGGAUAACCUUCUACGCCGGAACUUAACCUCUGCACUGUAACAGUAGGACUCAGUGGUCAAAACAUGACCUUU